GAAAGAAGAUAUUGUGUAGACAUUGGUGACGUAUUUAGAUAAAGUUAUAAAGAAGAUAGCUCUCAAUGGCUACACGUUUCCCGUUUUUACUCCUAUCAAUUUUAUUCUUCAUUGAGCGCAUGACUGCAUCGCUCGGCUGUGAAACGAAUUCUGAUUGUGAUGAAGCCAAUGGCCUAUAUUGUUGCAGGCAGAUAAAGAAAUGUCGUUCGAGUUGUGAUCGAGAAGUUUGUAGCUCAAAUGAAGAUUGUGGCUCAGCGGAUCUAUGUUGUUCGAGUAACAAAGAUUGCGUGGCAAAUAAAGCAUCAUGUUCGAGUUCAAAAGCCACUCUUAGCACAAAGCAAGUUCUCAUCUUUGUGGUCGCCCCUGUUGGUGUCAUAUGCGUCAUUGUCGCCAUCGUGUGUUGGGCCGCAUGCGCAGGAAAGACUAUAGAGAGUUCUGGAGGCAAUGUCAGUGGAUACAGACAUGACGGGAGGCGCUUACGACGUACCCGAUGGCAAUGGAACAACGGAAGGGGAGGCGGCGGCGGUGGGGGAGGCGGUGGAGGGGCAUGCGGAGGAGGCGGUGGGGGAUGUUGAAAAACACUUUCGUUUAACACACUGAUCUCCAAACUAAGGCUGGAAUGCGCAUCUGGAUAAAUAAAAUAUUCAUCAUGAGGCGGCCAUAUUGAAGAGACCUCAAAAACGUGACCUGUCUACAUAGAAAACCAGGUUUUAUGUUUUUCUUUUGCAAUAAUUGUUGCGUAAAAUGCGCAGAGGGAUUCUGUGAUCACCACGCUGGGGGAAACGUUGUUGCUGGUGGAUACGCUGGGGAGAGGGAGAGGGAAGAGCCUGGGAACGAGGUUGAGGGGGACUUUGGCGGCGACGGGGGUGCUGAGCAGAACCUUGGUAUAUAUAUAAUUCCAAAUAAUCCAAUGGAUAAUUUAGAGAAUUUCUUAUAUAAUGCUAAAUAUAAUAUGAAAAUCAUAAACUCCACGACCUUCUCCCGGUUUGAAACAACACGUGUGACAUUGAUCUUAUAGGAAGAAACAUAAUUUUAAUGCAAAUUUUCAAACAGGC